AUCAAUCUUCUUGGAACCAGACAGGUGCUUGUGUUUGCCGUUGGGGGGUCAUGCACAUGUAUCCAGUACCCACAAGAACCAAAGGACAAUUGACAUUUUUCGUAGGUUCAUGGAACUAUGUAAUGUAACUAACAAUUAUUAAUUGACAGAAGGUUCUUGGAACUAUUGAAGUGACCAAAAAGGCACAAAAACUACUGGUACAACUGUGCAAGGAAUCUCAACCCUCCUUUAAAGGCAAAAACAAAUCCACCGACGCGACAUUGCAGAUAACACAAGUACGUACAUAGAAUAGUUUAGACAGCCUCAAACUUCAAAACAAAUAAAACACUUUUUUUUAGGCACCUUGCAGUUUUAGCACCAUAUUCUCUUACAACGUGCCUUCGGCUUCUUCUUCAUCAUUUUCGUGAUCUUGCAUGAAUGAUUAUCCGAUCAUUCCCAUAUUCCAAUCGAACAGUUAAUUUUCUUGUGAAAGAAGAUGAGCUUGCCCAAAAUUGAUCAACUCAAACAGCUUAGAGAAAUAUUUUCAAGAUUUGACAUGGAUUCUGAUGGCAGCCUAACCAUUCUAGAACUCGCAGCAUUGUUAAGAUCUCUGGGGCUAAAACCAUCGGGUGAUCAACUCCAUGUUUUAUUAUCCAACAUGGAUUCAAACGGUAAUGGGACUGUGGAAUUUGAUGAGUUGGUCAAUGCUAUAAUGCCGCACUUGAAUGAAGAGCUGUGGAUAAAUCAAGAUAUGCUUUUGAAGGUUUUCCAUUCGUUUGAUCGUGAUGGGAACGGAUAUAUCACAUUGGCUGAACUUGCAGGAUCAAUGGCCAAAAUGGGACAGCCAUUAACGUACCGCGAGCUGACGGAGAUGAUCCAAGAGGCUGACACAGAUGGAGAUGGAGUCAUUAGCUUUAGUGAAUUCGCUUCCGUCAUGGCCAAAUCUGCUGCAGAUUUUCUGGGCCUUGAUGAUAAUUAUCAGCUAUUAAACGUGGCAUGAUGAAUGUAUCCAUCCAUCUUUCGGUCAAUUUGUACUCGUUGAUGGUUAUUCAUCCACCACACAUGAUUUUCCUUUUUUUUUUUUUUUUUAUGGCUGUGAGAUAAUUGUAUUCAUUUAUCAAGAUGAUAAUUCAUAUACCAUAUAAGAGAGGGUUUAGUCUGUAGGAACCAAAUGUAUAUAUAUGAUCAGGAAGAGUCUUCUGAUGCAACAUCCUUUGCU